CAAACCCAGUGAUCACACUUUACUCUGUGUUUCUGCACAAAUACAGGACCUGCAGCUUCAGCACAAAUUCUUUGCCGCAGCCUUUAUUUAUUUAUUUAUUUGUUUGUUUGUUUAUUUAUUUAUUUAUUUUUGAACCCGAAAGCACAUUUCAUUUCUGUGCUGAGGAUGCGCGCGCGCGGGUCCGGCAGCACACCUCCUCCUCCUCCUCCUCUUUCUCCUCCUCGCCUUGUGGUUAAUGUAGUGUAAAUGUGGUGUGAUGUAAGGAGUGUUCUCCAUGGCGUCUCAGCAACAGUCCCGGAUCCAGUCUUACCUGGAGAGGAAUAAAAUCGGACCCCUGUUUGAGGAAAUGAUGACCAAACUGAUAACUGAGACCCCAGACCAUCCGAUUCCCUUUCUAAUCGGACAUUUACAGACCAAGCACGAAAGUCCAGGCCACCGGCUUCACCGAACGCUGUCUGGAUCUGCGGCUCUGUGGGCCGAGACUGACUGUUCAGAACACAAAAGUAAUCGACGGGAUUUUAGGAGUUAUGACAGAGCGUGGCAGAUUCACCCCAAAAAGCCCAAGAAGUCCAAGAGCGACUUAGCGGUGUCCAACAUUUCUCCGCCUUCUCCUGAGUCUAAGUCAUUGCCUCGUUCCAUAGAGUGUCCCUCAUGGGACUGGAGGACCAAACCCGAGAGCCGAGACUUUGACGAGCUCAACCACAUCCUGCGGGAGAGCAAGAAGCUGGGCAAAGCAUUGGAGAACCUGUCCCGAAGUAUUGCCUUAUCUGAUGAGCUUGAUCAGGACUUGCGGCUUUAUAACUCAGUGUUGCGGCCCCGUGUCGUGGGUGAGUGGCUCGGUAGAGACGAAGACGACGCUGAUCCGCUGGCCGCUGAGAUGCUCCAGCCGCCUGUCCCGAGGGCAAAGAACGAGGGAUGGAGCAGCCAAGACACCAGUCCUGCAGGAAGUCUGAAGAUGGAGGUGAAGACGAAAGGGCUGAAGCAACAGCAGCAGCACCGGAAGAAGCUCCUGGCGGCCAUGUUGUCUCAGGACUCGUUCGACUCCAUGGCUAGCUCGGCUCCGUCCGUCACCGAGGACGAGAUGGAGGACGAGGACGACGCCAUGGAGCUUCUGGAGGACCUGGAUGACCUGAGGAUGGAGGGGGUCAUUGGCCUGGUUCCUUCUGGCAGUAAGUUCAGCCAAGGGCGCAGCUCCUACUGCCCCGAACCGCAGGCCAAAGUCACCCUUAACAUCUGCUCAAGGUGUGCCAGUGUAUUCGAUCAGUCAAGACAUGUUUGCAUCCUUAGUGUUCACUACAGCCAUGAGGCUAAUGGAGCUAACAAGCUUCAGGGGGAUAGUCUCGCUCCAGCCGGCGCUGAGGAGGAACCAGCACCGCAUGUUCCUGAGCAGGCCGUGCCUGAAGUGACAUGUCCAUUGCCUGGAGUGACAGAGCCUCUGACUGCCGCCGAGCUGGAACUCCAGGGUGCUUCUCAAGUGUCUGGUCCGCGCUAUCCUGCAUGGGCGUCGGACGUGAAGCCGGUGAGAGGCACAAGCCCACAGGCACAGCGACGUGCUCUACAGCUGGAGGAGCUUCUCUUUUCUAAAGAGCUGGAGAACAUGGGCAAGCACCUCGCUGGAGCAAAGGAGAUUUCUGAGGACCUCUGGAAAAGCUUGUUGACACUUAUCAGGCUGGAAAAGGUUACAAAACCUUUCUCUAAAGAGUUGGGACUCCACCAAUCCACAGUCCGACAUGACCAAGUGGAGAAGGACUUGGCCAAGCUGGCUGAACAAGGGAAGCUCAGUAGAAGUCCCAUCAGCCCUCACAGCAGCCUGCUCCUGCCCGUGAACCCCCACAGUGCCAACGCGCUGCCCAUGUCAGGCUUCAGCUCCAAGCCCAACUCACCAAGCAAGACUCCCAUGCUGCCGCUCAUCAUCAGCCGGACUAAAUCUCCCAGCAACCCCUGCAGCCGAGCCCAGACUCCCAGCAGACCACAGACGCCCAGCAGGCCCCUGACCCCCAACAGCCUCAUGAUGCGCUCUCUACCCACUACUAGCCACGGAAACCCAGAUCGUAUGUACAGGCGCUCGAGGAGCAGACCGGUUACCCCGACUGGGCAAAUAACACGACCUCUUCUGACCCCGCCAGGUCUCAGCAGCACGGACAGCUUCAGUCUGCGCAGCACACUGUCUGAGGAUGAGUUUUACCGGCAGCUGCAGGCCGUCAGACAGCCUUGGCUCAUCCCCAGUGACACUGAGAGUGAGUGCAUGGAGCGUCCAGAGCAGGACAAGUGUAACCCUGGCGGAAUGAGAGACGCCAGUAAGCGAUCGGUGUUUUCAGGCUUAUAACAUGACAACUGCAGACCGAGACCCAGUCAUAUUUAUGCAAUCUAAACGGGCAUUUUGAACAUUGUGAAUAAGCCAGAGAGACUUAUUUUUUAUAAUUCCUAUUAAAAGAAAAAGGAUUGUGUACUCUUUUUUUGUUUGUUUGUUUGUUUGUUUUUUCCACAGAGGUUAAUAUUUCUUAGAACCUGGCACAUCUGUAUGCUAAAGUACAAAUACUUGAAAUUAGAGAAUGUAGUAUGUUGGUAAGAAUGCUGUCUAUCUGCUCUGUUUGAUUUGUUUGCCUUUUUAGCAUGCUUCCCAUUACUGAAUUUUGGGAGAAAACCUUGACCCAUGGCCUUGCAUUGAAGUUAUUUAUGUAUACGAUUUUAUGUGCCAACUGAUUUUAAAAAAAAGACGAAGAAGAAGAAGAAAUUUUUGAUAACCAUUUCCAGCAAAGGAAAUGGCAGCCUUCUUUGGCGUUAGUUGGAUAUGUGAAUGUUAAAGCUUGGUAGAGAAGCACCCUUAAGCCGGGUUUACACUGUAUGAUUUUCAGCCCAAUUUUAUCAUUGCAUAUCAUAAAAGAAUUCGGCUGCGUGAGUGCGGCAGAUUUAGUGCGAUCUCAUACAAAGAAAUAAAGUUCUGUCAGUGUUUGAAAUGUAUAAGUAGCAAUGUCGAAGCGUACAGAAAACCCCAUCGUUAUUACCUCAAGCUCACGUUGAAGAAUGUUUGUGUUUUUCUGCUCAAGCCAGAACUUGAAUGUAAACAAGCAGAACGUAGACAUUUUUCUUUAAUUGCAGGUCUAUCGCUAGAGAAACUUCAUUUGAAAUAGAAUUUGAGUACGAUUUUUUGGGGGCUUUUUUCGGGGAUCAUCUCAUACAGUGUAAAAGGCUUUAUUCUGUAUCACUGCCCUGGACGACCAACACAGCAAGCACUCUUUUACUUCCUACGAUGAAUGACAAAAGUAGCGUGUAGAACAAGAUGAGAUUUAUUUGUUAUUUUGUACUAAUGAUGCAGUACGUAUAUAGCCUGAUACACCUUGUAUGAUGCAAAUUAAACGGAUUUAUACGGUUCCUUGUCUUGUCCUGUGUCCG